GUAUGUAGGUCUGGGGAAGAGGACCCAUGGACUUGCGCAUUGCCCAAUCGGGUACUACAAAUCGAGUAGUUACUUGAUUCGUUAGUUCAACGGCUCAACUGGGACGAGUUCGCCAUCCAUCUAUCCAGAUUUGUGACCAAUCUCCAAACAGAUAGUCUAAUGUAACGUUAUACAGCCAGCUACCUGCCGAGGGGCAUCACGAUAUUGUCUUGCCCUUACAGGCAGCUCUCCCGUCGCAUACUCAAGUCUGGUGAGAUGCUCCCCUUGUCGAAACCUAGCAGAAGUCUCUUAUCUAGAACACGGUCCCGGCAACACCUCCCCGCCCGCUGCCGUCCCGGAGCACACAGGUUUCGGGAGUUUUCCCGCACUGGACGGCCGAACUCGGCUCGGCCCACUGUAUAUCUCACGCCCUUGGGUCAUACCGAGAAUCUUCAUGCGAAGACCCCGCCGGCGAGUCGUAGGAUAAGAGUCCACGCCCUGCCACUUGCUCUGCUCCAUACUAUACCCGUGCGAAUCUCUACACGUACAUUCUCUAUUUCUUCGGCAACUUGGGACAAUUCUAGAGAUACCAGCGACAUCAUGAGUAACAACGCGAACGGUGCCGCGGCCCCGGCCAGCAGCUGGGCAGGCCAUCAAGGCGCAGCUGCCUUUGACUUGCGGAGCGACACCAUGACAACACCAACUGCGGCCAUGCUCAGUGCGAUCCAAACCACAACGCUUCUGGAUGAUGUAUUCGAAGAAGACCCUACGACCAUAGACCUCGAGGCGCACGUGGCGGCUCUCACGGGCAAGGAGGCAGGCCUCUUCGUUUUGUCUGGGACCAUGGGGAACCAAGUCGCCUUACGAGCGUUGCUCACGCAGCCACCUCACAGCAUUCUCUGCGAUCGCGAUUCUCAUAUCAAUAAAUAUGAAGCCGGCGGCGUCGCCUCCCUAAGCCAAGCCCUCUUGAUAACCGUCCGGCCUCGCAACGGACGUUAUCUGACUCUAGAAGACGUCCAAGAAAACGUCGUGUUGGGCGACAACGUCCACGGGUGUCCAACGCGCGUCAUCAGUCUCGAGAACACCCUCAACGGCAUGAUAAUGCCGCUCGCAGAGGUCCAGCGCAUCUCCGCGUUUGCGCGCGAGCACUCUAUCCUCAUGCAUUGCGACGGUGCUCGUCUGUGGGAGGCCGUCGUCUCCGGCGCUGGCUCGCUACUUGAUUUCUGCGCCUGUUUCGACACCAUUAGCUUGUGUUUCUCCAAGGGUCUGGGAGCUCCCAUUGGUAGCAUCGUCGUGGGUUCCAAGAAGUACAUCAAGCACGGGAGAUGGGUGCGCAAGGCCAUCGGCGGCGGAUUGCGACAGUCCGGCGUCGUUACGGCUGCUGCUCGCGUCGCUGUCGACACGACUUUUGGUAAGGACCCCAAUGGCCAGGAUGGUCUUUUGAAGGCGUCGCAUACCACCGCGCGACGCGUCGAGAAGAUGUGGACUGAUCUUGGGGGACGCAUGCAAUACCCCGUUGAGACGAACAUGUGUUGGCUAGAUCUGGAAUCAUUGAAUUGCAGUGCGGCCAGAUUCCAAAAACUCGGCCAGGAAGCAGGUUUGAAACUUUCAGGAAACCGCCUCAUAACUCACUACCAGAUAGGAGAAGAAGCCAUACAGAGAUUAGCGGCCGUCUUCCAACAAGUAGCGCAGGAGAAGGGCGCAAAUAGCGUCCAACCUGAGAAAAGCCAAACAGCAGGGAUUUACGGAAAGUAAUACUAGGGACUCGGAAGCAGAGAACAUUCCGUGGUAACUGACGCUGAGGUUAAUCAACGCCUUCCUUGCGAGCGUUAGUGAGGGGCUUGUCACACGACUUGGAUUGGACCGUGUUCUUGACAAUAAUAUUAGAUUACA